UAUGUAUGUGUGAGAAUUUUACGUAAAUACUUCGCAAUCAAAGGAAUAUUGCUCUUUUAAAUUGACAUUUCAGACUAGAACUAAAUAAGAUUUACAACAAAGAUAUAUUUUAGAUUAUUAAUUUAUUUUUCUACAUUGAAAUAUUUAUUUAGGAAUGAUACAAGGAUUUGAAGUAAAUAAUCUUAAAAACGUGCACAAUUAACAUCCCAGUAUGAAUACAUUUGAAAUAUGCAUCGUAUUAAUGUGUUUUAUACAUUCCAAUUUUGCUCAAGGACUUCAUAUGAUUUUUCCAAAGAACACAGAUCCCAUAGACGACAUAACUGAACAACCAUUUAGCAAUCAAAAUGAUUUUGAAGGGGACGCAUUAGACGCUAUACCUGAAGAAAUAGAAAGAAGUGUUAGUCCGUUUUUAACUCCAGACGGAAAUCGGCUUAUGCUAUUUAAGCAGAUAUUGUCUGAAGUAGGAAGUAUUCUAUCAGAUAAUUCGUUGGAGGAUGAAAAAAGAACGCCUAUGAAAAAGAGGUAUUCGCUCUUUAAUCACCUCAGGGGAGCAACUUUACCUUUCGAUAUGUCUCCGUCAGAGAUGCCCUUUGUUCCCAUGUAUUCUGGAUUUUUCCCGGCUUUGCAUCAUCGUCGAUACAAUACGUUAACAAGGAAAUACAAACACAGUAACAGUCAACAGCAACAACAACAUAAUUAUCGUCCUGUUCUAUCUAAAAGGAAAUCUGCAAUUACUCCCCCGUCUCGUGAUUGGUGUCGCUUAAUUGGUUAUCGUGUAUGUCCACGCGCAACUAAAUUUUGAUUUACAAAAAUGCAGGAAACGUGCAAAACGACCAUGCAUUGUUUCAUGUUGAUUGAAUGGAUAUAAAAAAUCUAAACCAAAUGUAUAAAUAUAUUUGAAGAUCAACAUAUAUUUUGAUAUAAAUACGCCAAAA